UUUUCUUUUAUAUUAAGGCAUGAGGAUGUGUUUGUGAUGGCUGUGAAGGAGCCACUCCCGGUUGAUGUCCUUUUCAUUCAAGGUGAGCGCGCGUAAAGGGUGGCAUGAGUGUUUGAGGUUCGGUGACGCGCGUCUGUGGUCUGUGUCUGUGUCUUUUUAGUUUCCGAUUGGACGAGGUAUGGAUGUGCACUGUGCAUGUGCGCUCCGUGGGCGGGAAUAGUCAUGUUUACCCAGUGAGCGCGCCGGGGCGGGAAGACUAGAUUGAGAAAGUACAGGACUCGGGACAGAAGAGCGGCUGUGGCUGUGGCUGGCUGACUGGAGCUCGUGGAGGAGGCGCGGCUCCCCUGCCCCUCCAUCCAAACACCUGUAUGGACGACCACCUCAGUCUUCUUCAAUCGCCUCCGCCUUCCUCGACUAAACAACGGAGCGACAACCUCGUGAACCACGGAUACACUGAAACCGAAACGGACAUCAUGACAAUUGUUGCUUGUGACAACAUGUUGGAGGAGACGGCGGUACUGCCUGGGCACCACUCUUUAGAACGUUACGAACCUGACCACGAGUGUUGUGAGAGAGUGGUCAUCAACAUCUCGGGCUUACGAUUUGAGACGCAACUUAAAACUCUUUCUCAAUUUCCAGAGACCUUACUCGGGGACCCUAAGAAGCGAAUGCGUUACUUUGACCCUUUAAGAAAUGAAUACUUCUUUGACAGAAAUCGCCCCAGCUUCGAUGCCAUAUUAUACUAUUACCAAUCAGGGGGGCGUAUCCGGAGACCUGUCAACGUUCCCAUAGACAUAUUCUCAGAGGAGAUCCGUUUCUAUGAACUAGGGGAGGAGGCCAUGGAGAAAUUCAGGGAGGACGAAGGCUUUAUCAAAGAAGAAGAGCGUCCUUUACCCACCCAUGAAUUUCAGAGACAGGUGUGGCUGCUAUUUGAGUAUCCCGAAAGCUCAGGUCCAGCGAGGGGGAUUGCUAUUGUUUCAGUGUUGGUCAUUUUAAUUUCCAUUGUUAUAUUCUGUCUGGAAACAUUACCCGAAUUUCGGGAUGACAAGGACCCCACGCCCGUGGCACCCAUUAUAAACGGAACUGUUCCUUACCUCGGGAGUCCUUUCUCUGACCCUUUCUUUGUAGUAGAGACUCUUUGCAUAAUUUGGUUCUCAUUUGAACUGUUGGUCAGAUUCUUUGCUUGUCCCAGCAAAGCCGUAUUUUCCAAAAACAUCAUGAAUAUUAUUGACAUUGUGGCAAUCAUCCCAUAUUUCAUAACACUCGGGACUGAACUUGCGGAGAGACAAGGCAAUGGGCAACAGGCGAUGUCCUUGGCCAUUCUUCGAGUGAUAAGACUCGUGAGAGUGUUCCGUAUUUUUAAGCUCUCCAGACACUCGAAGGGACUCCAGAUUUUAGGCCAAACUCUCAAGGCCAGCAUGAGAGAGCUUGGUCUGUUAAUAUUUUUCCUCUUUAUUGGAGUGAUCUUAUUUUCAAGUGCCGUGUACUUCGCCGAGGCAGACGACCCGGACUCUGGCUUCAGCAGCAUCCCUGAUGCGUUCUGGUGGGCCGUUGUCACCAUGACAACGGUGGGAUACGGAGACAUGCACCCAGUCACCAUAGGGGGCAAAAUUGUAGGAUCCCUGUGUGCAAUUGCUGGUGUACUAACAAUCGCCCUGCCAGUUCCCGUGAUCGUUUCCAAUUUCAACUAUUUCUAUCACAGAGAGACUGAGGGGGAAGAGCAGGCCCAGUAUUUACACGUCGCCAGCUGUCAGCCCCUGUCCUCGUCGGAGGAGCUCAAAAAGACACGUAGCACUUCGUCCCUGAGUAAAUCGGAGUACAUGGUGAUAGAGGAAGGUAUCAGCAGCACUUUUAAGCAGCCCAACUUUCCUGCUCAGAAUGACCAAAACUGCGUCAAUAUCAAAAAGAUUUUCACGGACGUUUAAGCUUUUCACAGGGAACAUCGCAAACAGUUUGGCCAUUGCAUCGGCUAUUCUGUUACAAUCAUUAUCGUAACGUAUUUGUAGCCUUCAAGUCUGCGUGGAGGGAGCCCGGUGGGUAUAUGUAGCCUAUGUGUCAUGAGUCCGUGAGUUUAUAAGCCAUUUGUUCUUAGAGAUUGUAAACAUCGUUCUCAUUCAGUUAUUACAAAUCAGUGUUCAAAUUAUCCGAAUUCAUUAAUUCCACAGACAAAGCAGGGGUCAUCAGUGUUAGUAUUUUUUAUUAAGAAACGUAAAGUAGUUUAUAGCACUAUCAUCAGCGAACUGAUGGAGAUCAAUUUAGGUUACAUUACUAAAGAUUCUUCGAAAUGUAUGUGGUUCAGUCAGUACACUAUAGCAGCUAAUAUGAAAUAGUCUUUUCAUGACAACCAUAAGUUACCAAGUUCAUUUCAAUAGCAGUCAGUACAGCGUUCUAGGAUUUUAUGAAGUUCAAAAUACAGUUUGUUAUUCAUAAGUAUAAUUAAACUGAUGACAGCAUAAAUCAAAGGCAGCUUUUUAUUAUAUGACAGGCGCUGUUAUACUAGGAGGUAUAUUUGUGCUUGUGGAUUGCUAUCAGAUUCUGUCAAUAUCUCGUCAGUCUCUAUUUGCAUUAAAUUCGAAAAUUGCUGUUAAACAGGUUAGUAGCAUAAUCGUUCUUAGAACCGGUGCUUAAAGCCUCAGAAGCACAGCAAGAGUAAUGGCUGUACAUACUCAUCAGGGGUGCAAGACACGCAAAAAAAAGGGGGGGGGGGGGAGCAAUCUGAGAACGCGGUUUCACUGGAUGCCUUUAAUCAUGCCUGAAGUGAUGCAGUCUCCAUAGCGACCCUGGUUUCCUGGGUAACGCCCGCUAUUGUUGCCAUGGCAUCCUUUCUGUUUCCACAGUAACGCCCCAGCUGGUUUUGAAACUAUGUCUUGAAACCCGUAAAGAGAAAUAAAAGAACAGCUGACGCAAUCUCAAUAUUGACAAGAUCAAGAUUAGCACUGGAUUACCUGGUCGACACAUGGUUUGGUCAUCAGAGAAAAAGGGUAGAUUGAAUUACACUGUGGAAAAGCAGCGCACCCAGUCUUUUUUUAUAUGAAAUCUCACCACGAUCACUUUUUUGGGGAAUAAAGUGGAAUAUAGGCAACAUUCAUCUUUGACAAGGUGAACAUGUCAAAGUUGAAGAAAAAGAAAAGACGGACGCCAUCAACAGAUACUGUAUAAUCAACUGGGCUGUGAAUAGGUGUGGACCAGAUUGUGUGCGUUACAUCGUACACGCACAAGGGGAUGCUCUUCUCACAUCAAACAGAAGAGCAUCACAGACGAUGAGUACAUGGGUUGUCAUGCCCGUGCUUGCCUGCUAAAUGGAAUGGCUCAGCAAUGGGGGGGGGAAAGAGGUGCCUUCUUCAACAGACCUGCCGACAGCCUUUCAUACCUGUUAGCCAUACAGGCUCAAUUGGUGCCAAACCCAGAAGCUACAGCUACUUCACAUGCCUUCUUCUCUGCUCAGUGUGUUGUCUUCAGCAUUGCCAACGCCUAGCUUUGACGCGACGAUGAGCGGGAGACGAACAAGAAGAAAAAACAACAACUUGGACACAUGUUGUUUUUCCUGCAAAUCUACGGUACUGUUUGUGCGAGGCACAGAUGGAAAUAUGGAAGUGCUCGUGUGAUGUGUGUGAGCACUCUCUUUUGCCACGCUGUGUCUUCUUGUGACAGUGGAGGUAGAUCGUCGCCAUGCUAUCUGUCAUGUUUCAUUUGUUAUUAUCACAAUGUGAUGUCUUAGAGCUGACUGUAUAAACGCAUACAGAUAAACAGUGUGUUGGCUCCUGGUCUGAAUAUUCACUCGUCUGUCCAACUCAUUAGCAAAGCUUUUAGUGCACUAGCCACAGUAUAUUAAGAGCUGUGGCAACCCAAUUUCCUUUCAGCAGAGUUAUCCAUCAUUAUUCACAUAUAUUAUUCUGUCAUAGCAGAGGAUGUAUGCCAGAUGUAUUCAGUUCCAAUUACAUUUUGUGUAGCAAGCAUUUAUGACAAUAGGGUUUGUUCCAGAUAUGCCUUCCAGGAGCCCAAGAGAAAGCCUAUAUGAGGGCUAAGAGCAGCAGAGAUAUUGUGCCAAUUAGAAUGACCUUCCCGAGGACGGCGUUCCAUCAGAGAGUGUCCAGCAGGAAGAUGAGUGCCCUUAAGGGAUGGAUCACUCCUCAAAGGUCCUUGAGGCUGCAGCAGGCCCUUGGCACACUGACAGUUUUUUUCUUUUCCCUGUAAAAGCUCCGUCAUGUGAUU